UGGGUGCUGCCAGGGUGGGUCCCCUCCGCGCUGCCGCUCGCAGAUCAGACAGGUCCGGAUGCCCUUGCAGCCGCAUUCCCGAAGGACCUCGGGGGCUGCCACUGCCGCAGCCGCCAUCGCCGCGUCCUGGCGCGCAAGGCGCAGGCGCGGAGCCGCGGGCCGGGGGGCCGCUGGGAGUUGUAGUCCGCGCGCAAGGGCGCGAGGUCCGCAGGGCACGAGGUCCGCGGGCUGCUUCCUUCCGGUCGUCUCUGCCACCAGGCUCGCGCGGCGCCACCUCCUGGGCUCGCGCGGCGCCACCGACGGGAGAAGCGGGCUCGGCCGCCGCUGGUGCCGCCGAUCGGGCCCGCGCGGGCCGCGCCUCCUCGCCAUGGGCCCCCUCUCAGCGCGGCUGCUGAUGCAGCGGGGGCGACCCAAGAGCGACCGGCUGGGCAAGAUCCGGAGCCUGGACCUGUCAGGGCUGAAGCUGCUCUCUGAGCACUUGGAUCCCAAGCUCCUGAGCCGCCUGACACAGCUGCAAGAGCUGGACCUCUCCAACAACCAACUGGAGACGCUGCCUGCCAACCUGGGCCUGUCCCACCUGCGCAUCCUCCGCUGCGCCAACAACCAGCUGGGGGACGUCACUACCUUGUGCCAGUUCCCACAGCUCGAGGAGCUCAGCCUAGAGGGCAACCCCUUCCUGACAGUCAGUGACAACCUGAAAGUCUCGUUUCUCCUGCCCAAGCUCCGUAAGGUCAAUGGCAAGGAUGCUUCCUCCACUUCCUCUCAGGUGGAGAGCCUGAACCGGGAGCUGACCAGCAGGGUCACAGCUCACUGGGAGAAGUUCAUGGCUACCCUGAGCCCAGAGGAGGAGGCGGAGAAGGCCCAGGAGGACUUUGUGAGGUCUGCCAUCAGGGAUGUCCGCUAUGGGCCCGAGUCCCUCAGCGAGUUCACCCAGUGGCGGGUGCGGAUGAUCUCUGAGGAACUGGUGGCCUCUGGUGGGAUUCAGGUACAUGAGGCAGACAGGCCGGAGAGGCCCUCAAAAGCCACAGCUGCCCAGGAGCCCAGGGCCAAGCCAGGUGCCUUGAAACGGCCGGAUGAUGUCCCACUCAACCUCUCUCCCAACAAGCGGGUGUGCACCGCCCCGGUGGAGGGCAGCCCCGUGGGCUCUGAUGACAGCCAGCCUGCCCCGAAGCUGGAGCCCCUGCACUUCCUACAAUGCCACAGCAAGAACAACAGCCCUCGGGACCUGGAGACGCAGCUCUGGGCCUGCGCCUUCGAGCCGGCUUGGGAGGAGGGGCAUGUAGGGGCCACAUCCCAGACUGUGGCCACGUGUGGCGGGGAGGCUGUGUGUGUGAUAGACUGCCAGACGGGCAUCGUAUUGCACAAGUACAAGGCGCCAGGCGAGGAGUUCUUCUCCGUGGCCUGGACAGCCCUGAUGGUGGUCACUCAGGCAGGCCACAAGAAGCGCUGGAGCGUGCUGGCGGCUGCAGGCCUGCGGGGGCUGGUCCGGCUGCUGCACGUGCGUGCCGGCUUCUGCUGCGGGGUCAUCCGGGCCCACAAGAAGGCCAUCGCCACCCUCUGCUUCAGCCCCACCCACGAGACCCACCUCUUCACCUGCAGGAGGGAGCAGGGCCUCCUCAGGGCCACCUGUCCUCUUCCCAUCGCCUCUUCAGCGGCCUCCUAUGACAAGCGGAUCAUCCUCUGGGACAUUGGGGUGCCCAACCACGAUUAUGAAUUCCAGGCCAGCCAGCUGCUCACGCUCGAUACCACCUCCAUCCCCCUGCGUCUCUGCCCAGUGGCCUCCUGCCCAGAUGCCUACCUGCUGGCUGGCUGUGAGGGUGGCUGCUGCUGCUGGGAUGUGCGGCUGGACCAGCCUCAGAAGAGGAGGGUGUGUGACGUGGAGUUUGUCUUCGAGGGCUCCGAGGCAUCUCGACGGCGAGUGGACGGGCUGGCGUUUGUGAAUGACGAUGUCGUGGCCUCCAAGGGGAAUGGCCUGGGUACCAUCUGCCUAUGGAGCUGGAGCCAGACGUGGCUGGGCCGAGGAAGCCAGUCCACGGUGGCAGUAGUGGUCCUGGCUCGGCUGCAGUGGUCCCACACUGAGUUGGCUUACUUCUCACUCAGCGCCUGUCCUGAUGAAGGGAUUGUGCUCUGUGGGGACGAGGAGGGCAACGUGUGGGUCUACGACAUCAAGCGCAUCCUAACGCAGCAGCCUCUGCCACUGGCAGCCCCGCAGGCGCCCACGCAGAUCCUUAAGUGGCCCCAGCCCCGGGCCCUCGGGCAGGCGGUGACGAAGACCAUGGUGAACACAGUGGUGGCCAACCCCACCUUUACCUACCUCACCGCUCUGACGGACUCCAACAUCGUGGCCAUCUGGAGGAAACACUAGCCUUGAGCACAAGCUCCUGCCUCUACGCAGAGGCCCAUGGACACAACUUAACUUAUUCAGCUUUUGCUAAUGACAGGGAGCUUUUCACAGUUGACUAUUUUUAUUAAACUCUACUGGGGUAGAGAAGCCUGUGGCGAGCCGUUUGUGGGCCCGUCUGCUCCUCCUACUUUGAGUGACAGGCAGAGCUGGCAGCUGAGGCUUCCAGAGCAGAGACUCACGGAAGUCCACGGGUUUUCCGUCCCCUUCUGCUCAAGACCACCUCCUCCCGGGUUCCCAGUUGUCCAGAAUGAGCUUGUU